UACGCCAAAAAAGAGAGUGUGUCUGUGUGGUGCAUGAGCGGUGGGGGGUGAGAGAGAGGACAAGCCGACUGCACCUACUGGCAAGCCACCAGUCAGUCUUUGCAAGUUGGUUGCAGCACCUUGUAACGGACAUCUCGACCGCAACCCCGCGACGCGGGCAUCAUGGAUAAUGUGUACGAAACUAUUGCUGAGGGGAACGUGUACGAGCAAACUGAAAGACCGAAUGAAGCCGGGAACCUAUUAUUUAAACAAGAAGCCGCGAGUGAGGUGAAAGAUCCGCUGUACAGCGAGUUACAGGUGCACUCGUCCCUGGGGGAAGAGCAUUCCUCGCUGGACUACAUGGACACCCGGGUCGUGCCUGUCCUAGGAGAGAAAGAGGAAAGGGAGAAAAUUAAUGGAGCUUCUUCGUCUUCAUCCAGCGACAGCGAGGAUGAGGAUGAGAAAGGGAAAGGUGAACAGAUGUGUGCGGUCGAGGUUGGGGCUGUAGCGUCCGGGGCUGAGAAGGCAGUGCACCAGGUGCGUGAUGACAAAGAAGGCUCGAGACGGUCAUCAUCCUCGUCCUCUUCCUCCAAGCAUGAUAUCGGGCUCGCGGACGGGCUUAUAGAUGCUUUCAGCCAUAAUGAAAAUAGUAUAAGCGACAAAGAAGACGAGGAGCCGGUGGACUACAGUCUGAAGAAUUUUGAAAGUUUGGAGGCCGUUACGCUACAACAGGAUAGUCCCGCUCCUGUCGAUGCCAGCCAACCCACUAUAUCUUUGUUCGUCAAGGCGGGGAGUGAUGGAGAAAGCAUCGGGAACUGUCCGUUCUCCCAGCGCCUUUUCAUGAUCCUCUGGCUGAAGGGCGUGGUCUUCAACGUUACCACCGUCGAUCUCAAGAGGAAGCCAGCAGACCUCCAUAACUUGGCCCCAGGGACUCAUCCUCCCUUCCUGACAUUCAAUGGAGAGGUUAAGACCGACAUCAACAAGAUAGAGGAGUUCCUCGAGGAUGUUUUGGCUCCCCCCAAGUACCCCAAACUAUCCGCCAAGCAGAGAGAGUCAAACACAGCAGGAAAUGACAUCUUUGCCAAAUUUUCAGCUUACAUCAAGAACACCAAGCCUGAUGCCAACAGAGCUCUGGAAAAGAGCCUGAUCAAAGCUCUGAAGAAGUUAGAUGACUACCUGGUGAGUCCUCUGCCAGAGGAGGUCGAUGCUAACACUAUGGAGGAGGAAAGAGAGUCCACCAGACGCUUCCUGGAUGGAGACAACCUCACACUGGCUGACUGCAACCUCCUCCCCAAACUACACAUAGUUAAGGUGGUUGCUAAAAAAUAUCGUAACUUUGAGAUUCCAUCUGAGCUGAGCGGGGUGUGGCGCUACCUGAAGAAUGCCUACACGCGGGACGAGUUCACCAACACUUGCGCCGCCGACAACGAGAUCGAGAUUGCAUAUCUCGACGUGGCCAAGAGGCUGGCCAAGUAACGCCUGACCUCAGAACUUUGACCUCCUACCCUGUUUCUUUGUUCAUCUCCAGUCCUACAAGACCUCCCCGUGGUCUCCUGUCUGGCGGUACGAUGGCUGUGUGGACUGAUCUGGCCAGGGGCUGCAUUCGAAGGACGCCAAAUGCCCUGAGACAACCCCAUUAGCUUCCACAGCUGACAUUUUUACUGUACCGAAUGGACACACCCGACUCAGCUACUCAUGAAUACCCUGAAUGAUUUGAAUGAGUUGAGGUUGUCAGGGACGACGGUACUGGAGAACUGGAGAUGAGAAUUGCUGGUCUAUUCUAACACACAUCAUCUGUUAGGGAUGACCCUUUCACAGGGUGGGCAGAGUGGCCAGUGGCUUGUAUUCAUUCAUAAUGCCUCCUGACAUCACAGACUGGCUGCUGAUCAUACUGCUAUAUUGAUUGAUUAAUGUAUUGAUUGAUAUGUUGUUGAUAACACACUGUUGAAUGAGUUUAGAGAUUACAAUUCGAAGGCUGAACUUUAAUGGAUUCUGUGUAGUUUUGCUGUAUUCUCCCUAUUGGCAGUAGACAUUUUACCAAUCAGUGGAAGGAUCUUAUAAAUUAAUGGAAGUAUCUUACCAAUCAAACAGCUAUGCUAUUAGUGAGUUGAUUUGCAAAAGUAUGACCUGUAGAAAUACAUUUUCAUAAUAUAUUUUUAACAAUGUUUUUGACUCUGGAGCUAACAGAGCAAACAAGUAGAAAAGCUUGUAUGUAUGAGCAUAUUUCUCUAGGAUAUCACCCUAUCCCCAAUAUAGUCCACUACUUUCUCUAGGAUGUCACCCUAUCCCCAAUAUAGUCCACUACUUUCUCUAGGAUAUCACCCUAUCCCCAAUAUAGUCCACUACUUUCUCUAGGAUAUCACCCUAUCCCCAGUAUAGUCCAACCUGUGACUUUGUUGUUGCUAUGUUGUGACUUUGGUUGUUCAUCAGAGCCAGUUUUAAAAUAGAAAUGUUCUUUAACGAUGUGCCUUAAAUUUGGAAAUUUGGAAGUUCUGAGCCAAGUAGGAACAGAAUAAUUGACGUCAUCAUGAUAUGAAAUCAAAAGCCUAAACCUCAGCCUCCAGCAGGUGUUGAGUACAUUUAACCUUGUUAAACCUUGAGCUGUUGAUUAGCCUGAAUGCCUUUCUGAUUGUGCUACCAGGCCAACACCUCCUCACUUAUUUGGCUUGGCAGCAAUGACAGGCAAGGACACCAGCAGCACCGGGACAGGGGGUGUCCGUUGGUUUGGUCUAGAGCUUAAAGAAAUGAUUUCACAUUCAGAGAGCAUUAAUGUAGAUUGUGUUCCUGUCUGUUCAGGUAUUACACCAGACAUGCAGAUCUGGGAUCAGUUUAUCCUUUUAGAUCAUAACGAGUACGAUUAUACUGGCAGAUCCUAGAUCGGCCGAGGUCCACGGAGAUCCUUUCUGAAUAAGAGAUGGGACAUGAUCCUAAGAAACUCUGCGUCCUAAAAUGUUAUCGUCCAAUCAGGGUAAAAUUGUCAUUUGACUCUGUCUUCCUGUCUGUAGCCCGUGCCCUUCCUGUUCUGAAAUGUAGGCUGCGUCCCAAAUUGUGCCCUGUGCCCUGCGUAGUGCACUGGCUCUGGUUGGAAGUGGUGCGCCGUGCGUAGUGGGCUGGCUGUGGUUUAGGACACAGGCGUAGGGCUCCAGUGUGGUUUGGAACGCUGUGUGUUCUGGAAUGAAUGCUCGGAGCGCUUGGAAUAAAAUAAUAUUUUCACAGACA